AUGAGUAUUGACACAGUUCACUUGGUUCAGCACUCCAUCAAUACUGGGGAUGCACAGCCAAUCCACCAGCAGCCUAGGCGCCUCCCCUAUGCCUGCCAAGCUGCUGCAAACCAGAUGCUACAAGAAAUGAAAGAUGCGGGCAUUAUUGAGCCUUCCAAAAGUCCAUGGGUGUCAUUGGUUGUUAUGGAUCCUAGGAAGGAUGGGAAGUGGAGGUUUGGUGUUGACUUCCGACCCUUAAAUGACAAAACAGUGAAAGACUCUUAUCCACUGCUGCAGAUAGAUGAGUCGCUCGACUAUGUGGCCGACUCACCCUGGUUUUCCUCAUUGGACCUCUGGAGUGGAUAUUGGCAGGUGGUCAUGGCUCCAGAAGACAAAGCAAAGACCGCCUUUACCAUGGGGCGGUGCCUGUGGCAGUUCACCACCAUGCCAUUCAGGCUAGUCAGGAGGAUCAUGGUAAACGCUACACAGGUUUCAUUUUUCACACUAAGUGCCUAUUUUGACACCGGGGUUUUCAAAUAUUUAUAUUUUAUUAUUGUCAUAUGUUUAUAUAUUGUAAUAAUUUGUACCAAUCUUUUGCUGAUUGUGGUUAUCUGUAUGAACAGAAGCUUACAUGAACCUAUGUACCUUUUUCUGUGCAGCCUGUUUGUAAAUGAACUGUAUGGUAGUACAGGGUUGUUUCCAUUCCUUCUGGUUCAGAUCCUCUCUGACAUUCACACUGUUUCUGCUCCCUUCUGUUUCCUGCAGAUUUUCUGUUUGUUCUCUUAUGGAGGCAGAGAAUUUUGGACUUUAGCCAUCAUGUCUUAUGACAGAUAUCUUGCUAUCUGUUAUCCUCUACAAUAUCACACUCGUAUGACAUCUAAAAAGAUUGCCAUGCUUAUUGCUCUAACAUGGUUGUACCCUUCUCUUGCCAAUGCUUUGGUAGUGUUUGGUCUGACUGCUCCUUUACAGCUCUGUGGAAACAUUAUUAACAAAGUGUACUGUGACAACUAUUCUGUUGUCAAACUGGCCUGCUCUGACACCAGAGCCAAUAACAUUUUUGGACUUGUUGACAUAUUUACAGUAAACAUUAGUCUUAUCAUCUUAAUUCUUUUCUCUUAUAUGAGAAUUCUUAAAGUGUGUUUUUCUGGUUCCAAACAGACCAGACAGAAAGCUGUCAGUACCUGCACACCUCACCUUUUUUCCCUGCUGAAUUUUUCUUGUGGGGGUUUCUUUGAAAUAGUACAGAGCAGGUUUAAUAUGAACUAUUUACCCAAUAUGUUGCGCAUUUUUCUGUCAUUGUACUGGCUUACAUGCCAACCACUCAUUAACCCUUUACUGUACGGACUGAAAAUGUCCAAAAUACACAUUGUAUGUAAACGUCUGCUCUUUGGGGGGGAAAGGUAA